AUCAAGGCAACACCAAAGGAGAGGAUAAACACGAUGGCGUCCCCGUCAGACACAAACAUUUAGCCCCCUCUCUCUUUUUCGUUUUAAUUUUUGUUUGAAAAAAAGUCGCUCAUAAAUACGUGACAAGCACCGCACCCCCAUAAAAAGGGCUAUCUUAGAGUCGCGUUCGCGGCGAUGCCUCAGAAUCGCGUGGAAGAUAAAUAGUUCACACACAAAUUGGGUUUCCUGGGGUCGGGGUUUGUUCUUACUUGCGCUUUAGGCUUCUUCCCCUACUCUGCUUUCACUUUUUCUCUCUAGUGUCUAAGGUAUCGUCGCGCGGAUCGGGGAAGAUUAUCCUUGCAGUCGCAGGAAAAUCCAGGCUGUACGGCGAAGAGGAUGAAGAUUUUCGUGAAGACACUGAAGGGUACUCACUUCGAUCUCGAAGUGGAACCGCAAGACAGGGUUGCUGAUGUGAAAAAAAAAAUAGAAAUGGUUCAAGGAUCUGAUAUUUAUCCUGCAUCACAACAAAUGCUCAUCCAUCAAGGGAAAAUUCUAAAAGAUGGCCUAACAUUGGAAGAGAAUAAAGUUACUGAAAAUAGUUUUGUCGUCAUCAUGUUGACAAAGAACAAGAGCUCGUCUAGUGAGGGUUCAACCACUUCAGCUGCACCUACAAGUAAGGCCCCACAGACAAGUGACCCACCUCCAAAUACAACUCCAAUAACAGCAGCACCUGAAGCUCCUGUAGCAGCUUUCUCGCAGCCUCCAUCUGUUCCCACAGCUGCUCCUGCAGCUCCAGUUACUGCCCAGCCUCCAUCUAUUCCCGCAGCUGCUCCUGCAGCUCUAGCUACUGCUGACAGGCCUGCAUCUGAUGUCUAUGGCCAAGCAGCAUCAAGUUUGGUUGCAGGAAACAAUCUUGAAGGAGCGGUACAGCAAAUUCUUGAUAUGGGCGGCGGGACUUGGGAUAGAGAUACAGUUGUGCGUGCUCUUCGGGCUGCUUUUAACAACCCAGAGAGAGCUGUCGAAUAUUUGUAUUCUGGCAUCCCUGAACAAGCUGAAGUUCCACCUAUAGCCCGACCACCAGUAAGCGCCCAAGCUGUGAAUCCUCCAGCUCAUGCUCCACAACCAGCUCAACCAGCACCUAUUAUUUCCAGUGGACCCAAUGCAAAUCCUUUGGACCUGUUUCCCCAGGGCCUCCCAAAUAUGGGUUCUAAUGCUGCUGGUGCAGGAACCCUGGAUUUUCUUCGGAACAGUCAACAAUUCCGGGCCUUGCAAGCUAUGGUACAGGCCAAUCCACAAAUUUUGCAGCCUAUGCUUCAAGAGCUGGGGAAACAAAAUCCUCACCUCAUGAGGCUUAUUCAAGAGCAUCAGGCUGACUUCCUUCGCCUGAUCAAUGAACCUGUUGAAGGUGGAGAGGGGAACAUGUUGGGGCAGCUUGCAGCAGCAAUGCCACAGGCAGUAACAGUGACACCUGAGGAGCGUGAAGCUAUAGAACGUCUUGAGGCGAUGGGCUUUGAUCGAGCAAUUGUAUUGGAGGUGUUCUUUGCCUGCAACAAGAAUGAGGAGUUGGCUGCCAACUACUUGUUGGAUCACAUCCAUGAGUAUGAGGAUUGAUGUGUGUAGGGAGUAAGUCAUUACUCAGUUUCCUUUUUUCUUCCCCAAAACCACUCCUUACCCUGUUAUUUCCCCACACCCUCUCCCCCUCCAAUUCAUUUUUCUCGUCAUUGCUUCUAUUUUGUAUACUUUGUGGUUUUGUUUGGUUUGGAGUCUAUAUAGUACGGCAUUUCUGGAUAAAUAUUUUUAAUAUAAAUUAUCGUCUCAGCUAUUUGUUUU